UCUCCCCCCUUAGGAGUGGCUCAUCCAACCGCAGCCUGAGUACGUGGGGUACGGCAGGAGCGUUUGCCAAGCCCUAGUCCUGCUGCCUCCAAGUUCUUCUAGAGUAGUGAACAAACGGCUGCUAGAGAAGCAAAGCAGGAAGAGGGCCCGGGGCUCCCCUUGCCUGUCUGCCCUGCCCGGUCACCAUUGCACUCUUGUUUGUUGCCUGGCUAAAAAGCGGCUCUCUCCCCCUCCCCCGUUCUUUUUGGCGCUGCUAUCUGACAGAGUCAAUCACACAAGCUGCCAGGCAGCAGCAGGGGGAGGCGAGGCGGCAAAGGCGGCUCUGGUUCCUGGUUACUCUCCCGCUUACUCAUUGCUGAGAGGUGGGGGAGGGCGCACCUCGUGGUGGAGGAGGCAGCCGCUCGCUUGCCUCACUUCGCCAAGCACAAGUUAAAGAACAAAGAGAGAAGCAGCAGAGUGAGCGCCCCUCUCAAGUUACUUUCAGCGCCGACUGAGACCGAGAAAACUGUCAGUUCAACACACUGGACGCCGUUUACGAACAACUGCUUCCCCCCCACCUCUAUCUAGCUCUCCCUUCCCAAAUUUUCCUUCUUCCCUUCUGAAUAGAAAACGAGGAAUCUUCGACUAUUGACAGGAGGAAUUUCCAGGGGCCGAGAUGAAAACUAAAAAAGGUGCUCUUGUUGCAGUCUCAGGCAGUGAGACAGAUGAUGACGAUAGUAUGGAUAUCCCCCUGGAUCUUUCUUCUUCUGCCAGCUCCGUCAAGAGGAGGAGACGGGGUAACCUGCCCAAGGAAUCGGUUCAGAUUCUUCGGGACUGGCUGUACGAGCACCGCUACAAUGCCUAUCCUUCAGAACAAGAAAAGGCGCUGCUGUCCCGACAGACACACCUUUCCACACUACAGGUCUGCAACUGGUUUAUCAACGCACGACGCAGACUUUUACCUGACAUGUUGAGGAAGGAUGGAAAAGACCCAAAUCAAUUCACAAUCUCAAGAAGAGGGACCAAGAUGGCUGAUGGAAGCCCGGUGGAAUUCUCCAUUGGCACAAAAAACUGCAUUCCACUGAUUGAGAGCUCCUACUUCUCUGGUAGCCCAGGACCAAACAAGACUUGUAAACCUUCUUCCCCAGCAACUGUUUUGGCUCGACCAUCAGUCAUAUGCCACACCACAGUAACUGCACUGAAAGAUUCUCCUUUCCAUUUUGGUCAACCAGCUGGUGCAGGUCAGACUCUGGAAGACCUGCAGCAGCGGGCCUCACCCACCAACUUCACAGACAACUCUCUUAUAUAUCAUGACAAUGCAUCUAAACUGGAAACGAGUACAAAUGCACAGAGUGGGUUUUUCAACACUCCUCCUCCUACUCCUCCAGACCUCAAUCAGGAUUUUAGUGGGUUUCAGCUCCUGGUGGAUGUUGCUCUAAAACAGGCAGCAGAGAUGGAACUGCAGGCAAAACUCAUGGCAUAAAUCCUCCCCUACUUUAUUUUUCUUCUCCCCUGGCAGGGAUGUAAUAGAAAUAUGUGGCAAUUGUCUACAUGAUAUCAAAGACUAACUGCAUUUUUUUAAAAAAAAUUAAUCUUAUUUGCACAAGGGAUUGCUGAGAUGAAGCUUCCUGAAAUGGUCUUCAGUGGAAUAUAGUCAUUCCUAGAGUUAUAAAUGUAAAGCUACUGUAGAAACAAAAGGUUUUUUCUCUCCCUUUUUUAUAAUAAAUGUUUCUUAGUAGGUUUUUCAUAAUGUGAGAUGGUUCCCAAGGUCAUGUGAUUUUUUUCGUUAUUGUUUUCAUUGUUUCUUUCUCACUGUGCAAUAUUUAGUAACAAGAUUAGUCUUCAUAUCAUUCCCAUGUGGAACAAAAUAUACCAACAGGCUGUCUUAAAACAAAUUUCAGAUUUAAAAAAAAGUUUGAAUUUGGAUGAUUAUACUUUUUCAUGAUGUAAUAAAAUAUUUUCUUUAA